AUGAAUAAAAUUUAUAGUUAGUACAAUUUAGAACGCUUACGACUCUCAUUAUCUUAAUCUGAUUCCAUCAAACUAGAGAGUAAGUGUAUAUGAUAUAUCUAAGGAACUGAUUUAAAAAGAGGAGUUGGGAAAAAUGCAAUAAGAAAAGUUUUUGGAAUUGAUGAAUCAGGCAAACAUGAGUAUGACAUUUACGAGAAACAAUAACUAGAUGCAUUCAAAAAAUACCUCGAGGAUGAAAACGAAAUAUUGUCAGAUGAGCUUUCUCUAAGAUUCUUAUAUGCUAAUCAAUUCGAUUUUGAUUAGACCAUCAAAGUAUGUAAACCUAUAAUAAACUAAGCAUCUACACUCACAUCAGUAAUGGGUUAAAAAUGCAAACAAUUUUAAGUGGACAUUGAACACAGAAGAAAUAAUAGUAAAGAAUUAAUUAAAUAAUUUUAAGAAAUAAGGAGCUAUUUACAUAAGUGGUAGAGGAUAAGGUUACAAACCAAUUAUUGUUGUAAACGCUGAUAAAUUGGAUAUAUCAAUCUAUCCUAUUGAAGAUAUGAUGAGAGCCAUUUCUAUUGUAUUUAUGGUUGUAAAGGAUUAUAUGCUAGUAUCAGGGAAAGUAGAAAGUUGGUUUGUAAUUGUUGAAGCCAAAAACACCACAGCAUAUAAGAUCCCCUUUAAUGUAAUUGUAUUUCUAUUGAUUGAUAGCAUUUGAAUUAAAUUUUUGAAGUAUUGAAACAAAAUUUCCCAUGUUAUUUAGAACGAGUGUUCAUUUUAUAACCUUAGACAUCGAUUUAAAUUACUUGGCAAAUUGUUGAAUAGUUUAUUCCUUAUAAUUCUCGGCACAAGGUGGAAUUCAUACAUAACGAUUAUUCUCUCUUAUUCAAUUACAUCAAACAAAAAUAAUUAGAGUUUCGCCAUGGGGGCAGGGCUCCAAAUGUAUAUGACUAUUGGCCUCCUCAUAUUGAUGAUUUUAAUGAAGUGGAAUAUAUGUAGAAGUAGAAAAUGGAAACACAAAAAAUUAAAGAGCAAAUUAGUUUACUUUAAAAAGUAAUGCCUUUCACUUCAGUUAUUGAUCCUGAGGUUUCCAAUUUAUUAAGAAAGCAGUUCAAACCAAAAACAAAGAUUUAUUAAGAAGAAACCCAUUUAAAUACAGGGGAAUACUUUGUAAAUAAAACAGUAUCGAAAACAGUCUUAUUAAAUGGGCCUAAAACUGAUCGUGUGCACUCUAAUGAGAGUUAAACAUAAUUGAAUUAUCCAUAGCAAUAAAAAGAAUUGAAUUUAUCUCUAGAACAGAAUCAAAGAUAUAUUAGUCAUAACAAUUAAUUAAGUACUAACUUUAAUCCUUAGUCCUAAUAAUAGCAAAAUGGUAUUCCUUUCUAAACUCGAUUUGUGAGUUCUAAAACAAAAAUUAAUGAGUCUAUGGGUUCGCUAUUGAAUGCAGCUAAUCAUAAUCCCUUAUUUUAAUCUAGGUUUGUUGGAGUAAAGACUUAAAAUAUAGCAUCUAACAAAGAUGUUAGUAUCAUACUAAACAAGGAAGAACAUGCAUCAAACCAUUCUUAACUAAUGUGA